AUGGCAGAGCCCUGGAGUCCCAAACGCAGUCUUGCUGAAGGUCUGACAUCUCUAUCCAAAGCUCAAAACACCAAUCCUGACUCGCAUUCCAGUGAACGCAUUGUUGACCGCACCGGGAACUCCGCUGGAGGUGGAGGAGCGACUCGUCGACGGACGGAUUCUGCGCGUGUACAAGAACCAGUGGCCCUCGUUACGCGCAUUCUGGCUUUGGGCCGCGACGACGUACUCGGAUCGUGUGUAUCUGGUGUUCGAGGAUCAGCGCUACACAUACAAGGCGGCGCUGGCCAAAUCGCUGACUGCGGCUGCCGUGUUCCGGGACGUGUACGGCAUCCGAAAAGGCAAGUCUCACUCCCUGUUGAGAAAAUCAUGAUAAUCGUGUCUGCAUUUAGGCGACCGCGUCGGGAUCUGCUCGCGCAACUACCCGGACUACAUGAUUGCGUUCUACGCCUGUCAGCUUCUCGGGGCCGUAGCUGUGCUCACCAACGCGUGUGGCUCCCGACCGUGCCGCUCAUCCACUGCUUGACACACACAUCGUGCAAGUUGAUUGUGCUCGACUGCGAGCGAGCCAAGCGGCUGCAGCCGUCGACCGGGAAGCUCGGCGGGGCCAGCCUUCUUGUGUUGAACAGUCAUGAAGACAAAGGACGCCGGUGGAAAGGCAUGCGCUGCUGGGACGAGGUCAUGGCGGCCUAUGAUAAAGACACGAGUGGGAUUCUGAAGCCGGAUUUCGUUGACAUACAUCCCGAGGACAAUGCAACCAUCAUGUUCACAUCUGUGAGGGGUACGUGCCAUCUGGACGCCUCAACGCUGCUGACAAUCCGAAAUCAGACAACAGGACUCCCGAAGGGUGUCCUCAGCACACAGAGGCAAUUCGGAACGAACAUUCUAAAUGCCAUCGUCGCUCGCCGACGUGCCGCCCUUCGACGCGGGGAAGAGAUCCCGGUACCCGCUCCGGGGACACCCCAGCCGGGGUUGUUGAUCUCUGUGCCGUUAUUCCAUGUCACGCUGACUUCGCAUAUGAUGAUGGCGACCUUUGGCGGCGCUAAGGCGGUCUUGAUCCGGAAAUGGGUCCCAGAAGAAGCAGCUCGCGUUAUCAUCGACGAGAAAUUGACAUCAGCCGGAGGAGUGCCUUCGAUGCCAGGAGACUUGCUGGAAACCAUCCUUGCUAAGCAGCAUUACCCGAUAGAGGGUCUCUCGCUGGGCGGCGCACCGGCUCCCGAAAGCUUGCCGGCCAGAGCUAGGAAAGCUUUCCCCUCCGUCACAUUGAGUCAAGGAUACGGAAUGACCGAAUGCAAUGCGAUUGCGACUAGUUUCGCGGGCGAAGAUUAUCUCGCAAGACCUACGAGCUGUGGUCUUCCCCCACCUGUCAACGAGAUCUCCAUCGUCGCCAAGGGGAGAGCAGUCCCCGCCGGAGAGGUCGGCGAGGUGUGGAUUCGUGGACCUAAUGUCAUGAAGGAGUACUGGCGCGAUACAAAGGCGACGUCAAAGGUUCUCACGAAAGACGGAUGGCUGCGCACCGGGGAUCUCGGCCUACUGGACCAGGAGGGUUUCCUGUAUAUCAAGGACCGAAUCAAGGACAUCAUCAUCCGCGGCGGAGAGAACAUCGACUCUACGUCCGUGGAGAACGCGCUGUUUACCGAAGGUGUCCAGGAAGCCGCUGCGGUUGCCGUGCCCGAUAUAAAACUCGGGGAACUGGUCGCUGCGGUCGUGUCCGUGUCUCCAGAGUUCCGAGAGAAGAUCACAGAAGCAGGACUCAUUGCGCUCGCGCGGGAACGACUGCCCAAAUUUGCGGUGCCUGUGAUGGUGCUUUUCCUCGAUGCGUUGCCGCACAAUGCGAGCGGGAAGGUGGUCAAAGCAGAUUUGAGAGCGCUGGCAGGAAAGGAGUGGGAGAGAAGGAGAAAAUUCGCUGCCAAGUUAUGAUAAUAGAUUCUGAACCAUGAGAUGUAGUGGAAAGAAUCUCAAGUAUGUUUAAUCUCGCUGAAUGACGUCAUCACAGGGCUUGUAGCGCAGUUGGUAGCGCGUCCGCUUCGCAUUUAUUGGUGUGCGGGAGGUCAUCGGUUCGACUCCGGUCAAGUCCAGAGAGUGGCCGAGGCAGUAUUUUUGGAUGGCAGAUAUUUCCCACACGCACACUAAAUUGCUCUCCAACUUCAUUGUCGCUGAUCUUCGAUCGUCAUGACACUUCUGUGACAUCUCUCUCACCCACCCAACACUUGCCGCCUGCCCUGAUGCCUCAUAGCCUGCACUCCCACUCCGGGCAAUUCUGCAAACACGCGGUCGGAUCCCUCGAAGAAGUUGUUCUGGAGGCAAUUCGGAGAGGCUUCGCCGUCUACGGGCUAACCGAGCAUGUGCCGCGAUACCGGAACGAAGACCUGUACCCCGAGGAGGUGCCGCCCCUGUCCUCUCUGCUGCCUCUCAUACCAACUACCGACGCGAUGUAGCAAGGGAUCGAGCCCGCAGACCUCAUGCUCCAGUUCACGCGCUUCCUGGACGAGGCGCACCGGCUGAAAACGAAGUACGCGGAGCAGAUCACGCUGCUGGUCGGGCUGGAGACGGAGUACAUCACGCGCGACGACGUGACGGGCCUCGAGGACCUUUUGCGGAAACACCACCCGCGCGUGGAGUAUCUCGUUGGAUCCGUGCACCACGUGAACGCCAUUCCGAUCGAUUUCGACCAGGCGACUUUCCGCAAGGCGGUCGACAGCUUCGAUGGUGGUGGUGGCGAUGGUCGUAGAGCCGAGGAUCUGAGUCCUGGAGCCAGUGCCGGUGCCAGGGGCAAGGACGAGGCCUUCCUCAUUGCGUACUUCGAUUCCCAGUUCGAGCUUCUGAAGCGCUUCAAACCCGAGGUCGUGGGCCACUUCGAUCUGUGCCGGCUCUACACUCCUUCGUUGAGUUUUUCGGAGUUUCCCGAAGUGCUCGAUCGCGCGCGCCGCAAUAUCAUGUAUGCCAUUGAAUACGGCGCGCUGUUCGAGGUCAAUGCGGCUGCCCUGCGGAAGAACUGGGAGACACCAUACCCCGGGAGGGACAUUCUGGAGAUCAUUGUGGCGAGUGGGGGGCGUCUGACACUCUCCGACGAUAGUCACGGACCACACGCUGUCGCGCUGAACUACGGCAAGAUCCGCGGCUAUCUGCGGAGCGCAGGCGUGUCUGAGCUCUGGUUCCUGGAGCGGUCCGUCGACAUGGCGCCAAACUGCGCCGGCAGGUAUGUUCGCCCUGAACGAAUCAGCGGAGAGUGGGCCGAGCAUCCCUUCUGGAUGCAGUUUCAUUCAUAGAUUCUCCCGUUUGCGCGAACAAGUUCGAAAUCAGGGUCGCCGCAGUAGGAGAGCAUUAGAUGGGAGCGCGAAAUAUGAUGCGAUGUUUCUGUGAACGUGUGAAGCUCCAACAUGCUCUGAUGAUCAGUAUCCAGCUCGGCGAUGUUGACUUUUUGAACCGGAGUCCUUAUCGCCCUCCGCGUGAAGUAAUGCCCAUUCCUGAUCACCGCUCUGACACCAAGCAUGUUCCGAACGUCUAGAGCGACAAACAUCUCGGCCAAAGGCCUUGAUGCUGGACGCGGAGAAACCACAGGUUAGGCCCCACGAAACGGAGGUUCGCGAUGAGCCUCAGUUCAAGAAGAGGUCCAGCAAGCAGCCUGCUCUCGAUUGGCGCAAUGGUUUGCCGGCGAUAGCCGUCGCCUGCGUCUAUCCGCGAGCCUCGUUAUAGAUAUAAAGCCAGGGCUUUGAGAGCUCUGACCUCACUGGUGUUCAAAAACCCAUUUGCAUUCUGCCGCAAACUUGACUCGGAAAUGUGUUACAAGACGAUCACGUAUAUUCUGUACGCUUGCAACCACGAAGAGACGGAUGGGGUCGUCUCGCAGGAGGAUUGCGGCAAACAGCGUUGCGCAUUCAGCGUCCGACACCCGACAGGACUGCACGUCUGCAGCUCGAUCUGCAUUGAUAGCAUGGACAGUCGCCCCCGCCGUGUCUUCGGCGGCAGAGUCGGGACGUUGUGCUCUAGGUGCUCGGGUGGAAAGUGACGAUCUCUGCCGAAAUCUGCAUCAGGACUCUUGUCAUAUUAAUCCUCGAUAAAGGUCUCAAGUACUCACGAACAUUGUAAAGUUGCACACACCAUCUUAUCUUAUCUUGAGUCGUCGUU